CCCUGACCCGUGUCGUUGAGGCGGAAUACAUCGCACACGUCUCAGAAAUCCUAAGUUCGGCGGCGGCGGCGGCGGACGGCGAGCCAGAUCUCAGCACGCGGCGGCGAGCGGCAAUGGGGGAGAAGACGAGGUGAGGACUCCUCGUGAGAUGUAGGCGGAAGGGGAUUCCUGGGUCACCGAUUCUCGUGGCCGGAAGAAUCCGAGGGAUCAUGUUCUGCUCACUGAACUGAUGAAGGAGGAGAAGUACCUCAAGGAGGAGGGGAGAGAACUGGUGAAGGAGAAGAAGCAGAUGGAGCCGACGGACAUGCCCGAGGAGCACCAGAGGUUAGAUUUGUCCAGCCCCGGCUGCAGUUCUGUUAAGCAGAGUCGAGAUUUGUUGGAUAGGAUCGAGCGCAGCGCACAGCGGCAACUGGUUGUUACGGAUGAAAUCAGGCGCUUGAGCCAGCAGAUGAGGGCUGUCAAAGCCCGCAGCCUGACGGAUAUUCUGGGCGUGGAGCACAAGACUGAAGAAACUGCAGCCUUGGAUGAGCGUAAUCCUGCUAAUGGCGGGGAGCUCAAGCCGGAAACUGCAGCCUUGAAUGGGCAUGAGGCUGAUGGCGGUGCUGCCAAUGGCGGGGAGCACAAGAUGGAAACUGACGCCUUGGAUGAGAAGAUGGCCCCUGAACAGAAGGAAUUUGCUCAGUACGCUGAUGCCUGGGAUGAUAAAUGGGGAUCCAAUGGGUUCGGUCUCUUCCAUUACAUGACGACGAUCAGUUCCAUGCAAUAUACACACUUGAUACCCGGGAGCGCCCCAAGGCACUAUUGUCGAGCCGCGCCUAGCCUCCAGGUCGUCUCCAUCAAACUGGCAGAAAUUCAAGGUGGUCCGGAAUGGCCGUUGCCAGUGUACGGUAUGAUUGCUGUCAGAGACCAUGUGGAUCACAAUCGCAACCUUCUGUUUGCCUGCUAUAGGAGCAGGUGUCAGAUACUCAAGGAAAAGGAGCCCUUUUUGGCCUUGACUGGCCCCUCCCGUGCAAUUGUGUGCAAGGAAUCGGUUGACUUUGAAAUCCAACUGAAAGUAAGAGGUACAACGGAGUCUGAAGAUAGAGCAUUGAUCACUGGUGUGUGCACUUACAACAGAGGGGAUGAUACUGUUUGCUUUACGAACUGCUUCUGCACCGCAGAGUUUAGAUUGGAGGUACUUCAGGAAACAGUCCAGGCCACUGUUUUGGGUGUCCGUGUCAAAGAUGGGUCAUGGCCUUCUGGAUGUGGAGGUCGAGUCACUUGCUCACUCAUUGAUGGUGAAAUUGACGACACACCCGGGCAACUUGAGCUGCUUGUUUCUCGUGGCAGUGCCAUGCCCGUGACUUCUGAGGGUUACCUUCUUCUGUCAAGGAAUGUCGUUUCUGUGGAUGUUAACAGGAACCUGAAUUUUCUCCUAGAGGCCUGCUUACCAUCUGGUGAUAUCAUUGCACAAAAAGUAUUGUCCUUUGAACCCAAACUUUGCAACAUAAGUCAGGGUAGUUGUGAACUUAAUGGUAUUGAGUUGGAGAUCACUGUUGCUUGGUCUUGUCUUGUUUCUGAGAAGCGGGAUAUUUCGGUACAAGGAUGUGUUGGUGAUGAGGAGCAGGACGGGGACAUUGCAUCAAUGGAGCAGCAGGUGCCGAAGAUAGACUCCAAAUUGACAUCGGAGGUGGGGCCCGAGGCGGAGACGGAGUCGGCGAUGAGUCUGGAUACCAGUGAAUUGGCGAAUGAAUCGAGUACCUCCAUGUUCAUAUCAGACAAGUCAAUACUUGAACCUGCAGAUUCUGUUGCCACCAACACAGGUUACGAUGUUGAGAAGAUGUAUAGAGGCAAAUCAGACGAACAAUUAAAAAUUGAGGCCAAGGAGAUGGCUGCCGAACAGAAGAGUUUUGACAUGUAUGUUGAUGCCUGGGAAGGGUCAUGGGGUUAUGAUGGGUUCGGUUGCUUCCGGGACAUGACGACAGUGAGUUCCAUGCAAUACACACACUUGGUACCAGGGAGCACCCCGUUGCACUAUGGUCGAGUAUUGCACUAUGGUCGAGUGUUGCCUAGCCUGCAGAUAUUCUCCGUUAAACUCGCAGAAAUACGAGGUGGUCUGGAAUGGCCGUUGCCAGUGUACGGCACGGUCGCUGCCCGAGACCAUGUGGAUCACAAUCGCAACCUUCUGUUUGCCCGCAACAGGAGCGAGUGCCAGAUACUCAAUGAAGAGGACUCCUUUUUGACCUUGACUGGCCCCUCUCGUGCAAUUGUCAGCGAGGAAUCUGUUGUCUUGGAAAUCCAACUAAAAGUAAGAGGUAGAACCAAGUCUCAAGAUAAGCCACUGAUCAAUGGCGUGUGCACUUACUACAGCAGAAGAGAAAACCCCAUUUGCUUUACGAAUUGCUUUUGCACCGUAGAGUUAAGUUUGGAGGAACUUCGGAGAACAGUCCAGGCCACUAUUUUGGGUGUCCGUGUCAAAGAGGAGGGGUCAUGGCCAGGAUUCGGAGGUCGAGUUGCUUGCUCAGUCAUUGGACCUGAUGCCAGUCCUCAGGAAGUUGAGCUUCUUGAUUCUCGUCAUAGAGCCAUGCCGAUGACUUCUCAGCGUUACCUUGUUCUAUCAAGGAAUGUUGUAUCUGUAGACUUUUGUGGAAGCCUGAAUUUUGUAUUGGAAGCCUACUCAGAUUCUGGUGAUAUAAUUGCACAAAAAAAUGAGUCCUUGAAGCCCAAGUUUUGCAACAUAAGCCAGCAAACAUGUAAACUUACUGGAGACAUUGAGUUGGAGAUUACUGUUGCAUGGUCCAGUCUCAUUUCUGAGAAGUGGGACAUCUCGGCACGAAGAUGUUAUGGCUAGGAGACAACACCAACCUUUUGAUUUGUUGUAUUUUGUGAAUUCCAGUUAUGAUGCUGUCCUUUGAUUCUGGUGAAUUUAGUACCAGUUAUGAUGCCGUCCUUUGAUUCUGGUGAAUUUAGUACCAGUUAUGAUGGUAUUUGUGAAUACCAGUUACUGGAGACAUUGAGUUGGA